GACGGCGGCUUUGAUUGACGGGCGGCCUCGGCAGAGUGCGCAGGCGCGGGCCCGGGGCCGGGGCCGGGGCGCUGCGCCGAGGGAGGGAGCCGGAAUGUCAGAAGAUGGCGUCGUCGAAUGUGGAGGAAGACGAGAGCCUGAAGGGAUGCGAAGUUUAUGUCCAGAAGCACAACAUCCAGCAGAUCCUGAAGGAAUGUAUUGUCAGCCUCUGCAUCGCAAAACCUGAGCGCCCAAUGAAAUUCCUGAAGGAGCAUUUUGAUAAGCUCGAAAAGGAAGAAAGCAAACAAAUUUUGGCUCGACAGAAGUCUAAUUCUCAGUCAGACUCGCAUGAUGAUGAGAUUUCACCACCACCACCAAAUCCAGUAGUAAAGGCCAGGCGCAGAAGAGGCGGAGUAAGCGCCGAAGUUUACACCGAAGAGGAUGCAGUCUCUUAUGUUCGGAAGGUAAUACCAAAGGACUACAAGACCAUGACUGCCCUGGCAAAAGCUAUUUCUAAGAAUGUUCUGUUUGCUCACCUGGAUGAUAAUGAACGAAGUGACAUCUUUGAUGCCAUGUUUCCUGUAACCCACAUUGCAGGUGAAACUGUCAUUCAGCAAGGUGAUGAGGGUGACAACUUCUAUGUAAUCGAUCAGGGUGAAGUUGAUGUCUAUGUCAAUGGAGAAUGGGUUACAAACAUUGGAGAAGGAGGUAGUUUUGGAGAACUUGCACUGAUCUAUGGCACUCCAAGAGCAGCAACUGUCAAGGCCAAGACAGAUCUCAAACUGUGGGGAAUUGACAGGGAUAGCUAUAGACGCAUUCUAAUGGGUAGCACAUUGAGGAAGCGCAAGAUGUAUGAAGAAUUCCUGAGCAAGGUCUCCAUUUUGGAGUCUUUGGACAAAUGGGAGCGCUUGACAGUAGCUGAUGCACUGGAGCCUGUCCAAUUUGAAGAUGGGGAGAAAAUUGUGGUCCAGGGUGAACCAGGCGAUGACUUCUUCAUUAUCACAGAGGGCACAGCUUCAGUCCUACAGCGCCGAUCUGAUAAUGAGGAAUACGUGGAGGUUGGAAGACUAGGACCUUCUGACUAUUUUGGUGAAAUUGCCCUUCUCCUGAAUCGCCCACGAGCGGCAACUGUAGUUGCGCGCGGCCCACUGAAGUGUGUCAAGUUGGAUCGUCCACGCUUCGAACGGGUGCUGGGUCCAUGCUCCGAAAUCCUCAAGCGGAAUAUUCAGCGAUAUAACAGUUUUAUUUCUUUAACUGUUUGAAACUCUUGGAUGGAGAUUGCUGCCCUUGUGUUAUUUUGUGCACUUGAACUUGAUUUGUGUUGCAAUAGCUUCAUGCAAAUAAAUUGCAUAUUAUUUGUUUUACGUAACAUUUAGAAAUAAACUUAACCAAUUUUGAAAGGCCGUUAGACACAAGAAGGGCUUUCUGUGAAUGAAAGCUCGAAAACUCAUUGCAUUUUGUAAGUGAUAUUUAAUAAUGGAUUCCAGUUUAUCGCUUAAUCUGCUACAGUAAGACAAUAUACCAUGUAAACUUGUAGGUGGCCAAGUUCAUUGCUAGUUAAAUGCAUUUUUUUUCUAUUUAUAGCUGUUUCAAAUGAUGUUGCUCGUCAAUUGCAGACAUCGAAUGAUUUGAAAUUCUGAAUCUAAAAAUCAAUGGGUUAUAUAAUAUUUUAUUCUUGACCACACAGGUGGCUUUGAUCAUAGGUGUAAUGAACAAAAAUGCUACACUGAGUGGCCUGUGUUAAAUAUUGCAUUUAUUUCGAUCAACAAGAGGUACAGUGACACAGUUGCACGCUUUCAGAGUCAAAUUAAUGGAACAUUCUUUAAAUUUGUGAGCUUGUGUGCAUAUUCAAGCUUGUUUAUUAUUUAAACAUGCAUCCCUCUUUUAAACUUUGCCAGAAACCUUAGAUUUGUCAGCGAGGACUUGAAAAGGUGCGGCAGGUAUUUAUUAUUUGUGUGCACUGAAGUAUAGUCAUAAAGUGAGGGUUGGGGUCCUCGAUCUGCCUUCCAAUGCAGUCUAGGUGAUCUUGCAGCCCUUCCCAAGGCCUUGUACACCAGGUUUUAAUACAAAGAAACAGGUAUCAGAAUCUUACCGUUUUCGUGGUUUUAAAAGAAAAUCCAAAACAAACUUCACAAUGAAGGUUUAUGAUAUUUUGUGUAGUCUUAUUUACACUUUUAAUUAUAUUUUUUUAAAUUAGCUAUUUUUAUUUUAUGAAGCUGUGGUCUGGUAUUAUAAAAACUUAUUUAAUUGCAUUUUUUCUCAUAUGUAGUAAGCGGGUUUCACGAUAUUGCAUUCAGUGCUAAGCUGCAUUUCCAGACAUUUGGCAUGUCAUUUAGUUUAAAUAGUUAUGAUUCUCCAAAUAAUGUUAUAUUUUCUAUCAUUUAUGUAAUGUCUUUGCUUUCUCGUCAAUAAAGCAUCCUCUAAUAUGUUUCUCUAUUUCUAUU